GCAGUUGUGAUCGAUUUGGAAGAUGCACAUGAACAGAUUGAUGCAGCCAUUGUAACAGCGUUAAGAGAAAGCAAGCCUGUCUACAUAUUAAUAAGCAGUAAUUUGGCGAGCAUUCCUCACCCUUCUUUCAUUCACAAGCCAAUUCCUUUUUUCUUGAUUCCAAGGAAGAGUAAUCCAAUGUGCUUAGAAGCAGCAGUUGAGGCAGCAGCAGCAUUUUUAAACAAAGCAGCAAAGCCAGUUUUGGUGGGAGGGCCAAAACUGCGCGUUGCAAAGGCAUGUGAUGCCUUUGUAGAACUAGCCGAUGCUUGUGACUAUGCGCUCGCAGUAAUGCCCUCGGCCAAGGGGCUUGUCCCGGAGAACCACCGUAGGUUCAUCGGUACUUACUGGGGUGCAGUAAGCACUUCAAUCUGCGCAGAAAUUGUGGAAUCUGCCGACGCUUACCUCUGCGCCGGACCAAUCCUUGACGAUCUCACCUCUGUUGGGUACUCAUUUCUCUUCAAGAAGGAGAAGGCAGUUAUUGUUCAACCACAGCGUGUGGUGAUUGGUGAUGGACCUACGUUUGGGUGUGUUCUUAUGAAGGAUUUCUUCAAAGCACUUGCCAAAAGGCUUAGGUCCAACAGAACAGCUUAUGACAACUACUACAGGUUAUAUGUUCCAGAGGGAGUUCCUUUACAGACUGGACCCAUGGAGGCAUUAAAGGUCAAUGUUCUCUUCAAGCACAUACAAAAGAUGCUGUCAGGAGACGUGGUUGUGAUUGCAGAGACAGGAGAUUCAUGGUUUAAUUGCCAAAAGCUUAAAUUACAACAAGGAUGUGGGUACCAGUUACAAAUGCAUUAUGCAUCGAUUGGAUGGUCAGUUGGUGCAACUCUUGGAUACGCACAGGCUGCACCGAAUAAACGGAUAAUUGCUUGCAUUGGCGAUGGGAGCUUCCAGAUGACUGCACAAGAAGUGUCAACAAUGCUACGAUGUGAACAGAGAAGCAUUAUCUUCCUAAUAAACAAUGGUGGAUACUCCACAGAAGCUCAGAUUCAUGAUGGGCCAUACAAUGAGAUCAAGAACUGGGACUACACUGGCUUGGUACAUGCAAUCCACAAUAAUGAAGGCAAGUGCUGGACGGCUAAGGUGCAUUGUGAGGAGGAAUUAGUAAUGGCUAUAGAGAUGGCAAUGGGGGAGAAGAAAACCUGCUUGUGCUUCAUAGAGGUGAUUGUUAAUAAGUACGACACGAGCAAAGAGCUCCUUAAGUUGGGUCCCAGGCUUGCUGCUGCCAAUGGCCGCCCUCCAAACCCUAAGUAAACCACUCACUGCUGCUAGCUCCAAAAGAAUCUGUUAUAUUAGAAGCCAUUAACAGCGUAAGUAUCCUCCUAAUCUCACUGACUUUUAAUGCGUCGAUUCUAGAAAUAGAUGCUCUGAAACACCCAUAUAUUAGUAACAAAAUUUGAUAUCAAGGUAUUGUAAUGCAAGAUCCGGAUCCUAUCCAGGGACCAUAUGGAGCUUAUUUUGCCUAUUAGUAUCUAUUCUAUUUUUACUGAAACUUCGUAUAAAUAUAUAUAUAUAUAAAAU